ACUUAACACUGAACACGAGCAUGUGUAUUUAAAGUUGAUUGGCGCGAAUCUCUAACGUCAAAAUCAACCGCAAAAAAUCUGUUUGGUAAUGUUUUUGAUUCGUUGAUAAAAAUUUGAUUUGUUUGUAAUUUGAUGACCUAAAGGAAUUAGAAUUUAAGUGACAUUUUCACACUGACUAAGAUGAGUGUGAAUACGGGAAAAUAUGUGUCGGAUGAUAGAUUUGAAGGAGAUACUAAUUCGAUUGGAAUUCGAGAAUCGCGUGAAAAUGAUAAAAUCGAUUCAAAAUAUGGAUUUGAUCGUAUUAAAGACACACAGGAGCGUACCGGUUACCUGAUAAAUAUGCAUUCGACGGAAAUUCUUGAUGAAGAUCGACGUUUGGUUGCGGCACUCGAUCUCUUUUUCAUUCAAAUGGAUGGAAGUCGAUUCAAGGCAUCUGUCGUGUACGAACCGUAUUUCUUAGUACUACCGCAGGCAGAGCAAUCAUUGGAAGUGGCACGUUAUCUUCAGAAGAAAUACACCGGCCAUUUGACGCGUAUUGAACACAUACAGAAAGAAGAUCUCGAUUUGGCAAACCAUUUGAUUGGGAAGCAACAGCAUUUUUUGAAGUUGCUAUUCCCGAAUAUGAACGCAUUGAAUAAAGUGCGCCGUGAAAUUAUGUCAGCGGUAAAGAAGAAUCGUGAACGCGAGAAAGCAAACACAAACUACAUAAAAUUGUUGUCAACAUCGCUGGCGCACAGUUCGAAUACGGUGGCUACUAAGAGUGCCGAUUACUUGGAUUACAUCUCUGACAUUCGUGAGUAUGAUGUUCCGUAUCACGUACGUAUUUCGAUUGAUUUGAAAUUGAAUUGCGGUUUGUGGUAUGACAUUCGAUGUCGUCCUGGUGGCUUAGAAAUGCCAUUGAUAACACCACGGCGCGACAUUCUCGAUCGUCCCGAAGCAAUUGUUCUGGCAUACGAUAUUGAAACCACAAAAUUGCCGUUGAAAUUCCCCGAUGCACAAACCGAUCAAAUUAUGAUGAUUUCAUACAUGAUUGACGGUCAAGGUUAUCUCAUUACGAACCGAGAAAUUAUCUCGUGCGACGUCAAUGAUUUUGAAUACACGCCAAAACCAGAGUUUGAGGGAAAUUUCAUCGUAUUCAAUGAACCGGAUGAAAUGAGUGUGAUUCAGAGAUUUUUCGAUCACAUUUUGGAAGUGAAACCACACAUCAUCGUCUCGUACAACGGUGACUUUUUCGAUUGGCCAUUCGUUGAGACUCGGGCCGCCGUUUAUGACAUGGAUAUGAAGCGAGAGAUUGGUUUUUGGAAGAAUCGCGACGGAACGUAUCUAUCCCGACCGGUUAUGCACAUGGAUUGUCUUUGUUGGGUGAAGCGAGAUUCUUAUUUGCCGGUUGGAAGUCAAGGUUUGAAAGCGGUGGCCAAAGCAAAAUUGCGAUACGAUCCCGUUGAACUUGAUCCGGAGGAGAUGUGUAAAAUGGCUGUUGAACAGCCACAGGUGCUGUCGAAUUACUCAGUGUCCGAUGCGGUGGCCACAUACUAUCUUUACAUGAAAUACGUGAAUCCAUUCAUAUUUGCCUUGACCACAAUUAUUCCCAUGGAACCAGAUGAGGUGCUGCGCAAAGGAUCCGGAACACUUUGUGAGACGUUGCUCAUGGUACAAGCAUUCCAUGCAAACAUUGUAUUUCCGAACAAACAACAAUCUGAACUGAAUAAGCUAUCAGAUGACGGUCAUGUACUUGACUCUGAAACCUAUGUUGGUGGACAUGUCGAAGCGCUGGAGUCUGGUGUAUUCCGAGCUGAUAUUCCGUGCCGAUUCCGAAUGGAUCAGGAAAUGAUUAUGAAACUACAGAACAAUGUGGAUAAUGUUCUGAAGCAUGCUAUUGAAGUUGAAGAGAAUGUUUCACUGGAUUUGGUCACAAAUCUUGAGGAGGUGAGAAAUGACAUUAUGACUGGGCUAAAGGAAUUGUACGAUGUGCCGAAUCGUUUGGAGCAACCGGUUAUUUUUCAUCUGGAUGUCGGUGCGAUGUAUCCGAAUAUCAUUCUCACAAAUCGAUUGCAACCAUCGUCAAUGGUGUGCGAAACAGAUUGCGCCGCUUGUGAUUUCAAUAAACCAGACGCUGAUUGCAAACGAGUGAUGGAUUGGAUGUGGCGUGGUGAAAUGUUACCGGCCACAAAAAAUGAGUAUCAACGUAUCCAACAGCAGCUUGAAACUGAAAAGUUUCCGCCACUCUUUCCGGGUGGACCAAAUCGAGCAUUCCAUGAGCUAUCCAAAGAAGAUCAAGCCGCUUACGAGAAGAAACGUUUGAAUGAUUAUUGUCGCAAAGCGUACAAGAAAACGAAAAUUACUCGUCUCGAGAAUCGAAAAUCGACCGUUUGUCAAAAGGAGAACAGUUUCUACGUCGACACCGUGCGUGCGUUUCGUGAUCGCCGUUACGAGUACAAGGGGCUAACAAAGGUGGCGAAAGCAGCUGUUAGCAAAGCAAUGGCCGGUGGAGAUGCCAGUGAAAUCAAAGCAGCACAAGGCCGUGAGGUGUUGUAUGAUUCACUUCAAUUGGCGCACAAAUGUAUUUUGAACUCAUUCUACGGUUAUGUGAUGCGACGAGGUGCACGGUGGCACAGUAUGUCGAUGGCUGGUAUCGUCUGUUUGACCGGUGCCAAUAUUAUUCGUAGAGCGCGUGAGAUUGUUGAACGUGUCGGUAGACCGUUGGAAUUGGAUACGGAUGGUAUUUGGUGUAUUAUGCCUGCCACAUUCCCGCAAGAGUUCACCAUUCACACACAACACGAAAAGAAGAAAAAGUUCAACAUUUCCUAUCCAAAUGCUGUGCUAAACACUAUGGUCAAAGAUUACUUCACAAAUGAUCAAUACCAUGAACUUGUUCCCAAAUCGCCUGAUGACGAUCCAAAUGAACCACCAAAGUACGUCAAACGCGAAGAGAACUCCAUUUUCUUCGAAGUCGACGGCCCAUACCUAGCAAUGGUGCUGCCAGCCGCCAAAGAAGAAGGAAAGAAACUCAAGAAGCGUUAUGCUGUCUUCAACUUUGAUGGAUCAUUGGCUGAACUCAAAGGAUUCGAAGUAAAACGUCGUGGUGAAUUGCAGUUGAUUAAGAUUUUUCAAUCGUCAGUAUUCGAAUCCUUUUUACACGGCAAUUCAUUGGAGGAAUGCUAUGCAAGCGUUGCAAAAGUGGCCGAUUAUUGGUUGGACGUGUUGUACAGCAAAGGAUCCAACAUGCCCGAUUCCGAAUUGUUUGAAUUGAUUUCGGAGAAUCGAUCGAUGUCACGGAAAUUAGAAGAUUAUGGUGCUCAAAAAUCAACAUCAAUUUCUACUGCUAAGCGUUUGGCCGAAUUUCUUGGUGAUCAAAUGGUGAAAGAUGCCGGUUUAGCGUGCAAGUACAUCAUAUCAAAGAAACCAGAAGGUUCGCCAGUCACUGAAAGAGCAAUUCCACUGGCCAUUUUCCAAUCGGAGCCAAGCGUACGACGACACUUUUUGCGUCGUUGGUUGAAAGAUAACACAAUGGGUGAUGCCGACAUUCGUGAUGUACUCGAUUGGAACUACUACAUCGAGCGUUUGGGUGGUACAAUUCAGAAGAUCAUAACAAUCCCAGCUGCGCUACAAGGCAUAAGUAAUCCAGUGCCUCGAAUUCAACAUCCAGAUUGGUUGCACAAGAGAAUGCUCGAAAAGAAUGAUGUGCUGAAGCAACGUCGCAUUAACGAAAUGUUCACCGUCAAACCGAAGCCGGUUGUAGAGCAUGUUGACGAGAGUGAGAAUGAGGACGACGACAGCAAUGCCGGUGAUUCAAAUGAUGAAAUGAUUCGCGAUAUGGAAGAUAUUGGAUCGAAUGUUGCACAUGGUGAGCGUCGACCCACUGUUCAUCGUCGCAAACGAAAUGCCAGCGAAAUGGAAGAAGCUGAAGCAAAUGAGCCAAAAACUUGGCGCGAAGCACUCGGAACACUGCCUGAAAUAGGUGAUUCACGUGAAGAAAUCCAAGAGUGGGUUGAAUACCAUAAGAAAAAAUGGCGAUGGCAAAUUCAACAGCGAAAUAAGCGUCGUGUACACCAGAAUAGCAAAAAGUCACGCACGGAAAAUACGAUCCACCGACCGGUUGCGGCGAGCACAUCAGGUGGUGUAACCAUUGGUGGUUUCAUUCGACGAACACAGCGUAGUAUCAUCGAACAACCAUGGCAAAUCAUUCAAAUUGUUUCACUAGAUGACCUCGGUACGUACACCGUUUGGGCCAUGGUCGGCACUGAAUUGCAUAAGAUCAAAUUGAAUAUACCGCGAAUAUUCUACGUAAACAAACGAACACCAGCACCAAAUGAAGAGGGUUGCAUGUGGAAACAAGUGUACCGAACAUUGCCACGGUCUCGGCCCGUUUUUCAUCUCUAUCAAUAUAUUGUUUCGGAGAAUGUUUUCAAAGAACAUCGCCUGGGAAUGUUGGCCGAUUUGGCAACACCGGACAUUGAAGGUAUUUACGAAACACAAAUGUCUCUGGAAUUCCGUGCUCUAAUGCAACUGGGUUGUAUUUGUUCGGUGCAACGAACUGUGGCCCGUGAGAUUGCUGCAAAGAAAUCGACGAAUGCUCCGGAUAAUUUUUCAAUCGAACAGCUUGAAACACGACCAUUGUCACAGCAGCCGUAUCUCAAUGCAGGUGGAAAUCUGAAACGUAUGUUCUUGUACCAACACAGUUCGGCGAACGGCAAACGAGAGCUCUGGGGUCUUUUCAUUCCGAUCAUCAAAAAGUCGAUCAUUAUCUGUUUGGAUUCAGUGCGUACAAAUCAAAUGCCAUCGAUAAAGAACUUCUAUUUGACCGAAAGAUCGGCAUACCUGAAAAAUUCACAGAGCGAUGCAGACAAAAUUCCACCAGACGAUAUGCAAUUUGAAGUAUUUUUCGAAGUUGACUCCAAAUUGGUAUAUCGACACAUAAGCCAUUUGCUAGCAGCGUUCAGCAGUGAGAAAAAAGGGCCGGCUCUACUUUGUGUCCAAGCGGGUAUAUCACUGCAUAAGCUGAACAUGACAAUUCCAGCGGCCAGCGAUUUUCCACAAACUCAAAUUUUCAUCGUUGACGAUGCUGCGUUGUUGACGGGUUUGGACUGGCAACGGAAUGGCACCAAGUCAAUGUUACGACAUUUAUUCAACUUAAACAGUGUGGUGGAUUUGAUGCUGGAACAGUGUCGCUACUAUCAAUUGCCCAUUGGAAACAUGCCGGCUGACCCGAUUAUGUAUGGUGCUGAUAUUUUCUACGCAAGAUUGCUUCAGAAGCAUAACUUCUUACUAUGGGCAUCACCAACGAGUCGACCAGAUUUGGGUGGCCGUGAAGCUGAUGACAAUCGUUUGUUGAGUGAAUUCGAAGAGAGCAUAACGGUUGUACAGAAUAACAGCGGAUUUUAUGACUGCGUUUGUAUCGAAUUGACCGUUGACAGUUUGGCGGUUACGGCACUACUGCAAGCCAGUAGAAUACAAGAAAUCGAAGGUGCUAGCUCAGCAAUCACAUUUGAUGUAAUGCCACAAGCAUCGCUUGAAGACAUGAUCUUGAAUAAUCCAUCAGCUUCACUUUCGAACUACGACGAAGCAGCAUUAUGCAGUGCUGCACUAAAAGUCAUGAGAUCAAUGGUAAACAUUUGGUUGCGAGAGGUGGCUAUCGAUCGCAAUGUGUUUGCCGAUUUUCAAGUUGUUCAUUUCUAUCGAUGGAUCCGAUCGUGCACUUCACUUUUGUAUGAUCCCGCCUUGCGACGUAAUCUCAACAAUUUGAUGCAAAAAAUCUUUUUGCAAAUUAUCAGCGAAUUUCAACGGCUCAAUGCCAAAAUUAUUUACGCUGAUUUCAAUCGAAUCAUUCUGAACUCGGGUAAAAAGUCCAUCGUUGAUGCCAUCAGCUAUGUUGAAUAUGUGGUGCAAAGCAUCCGGAAUAAGGAACUGUUUCACAGCAUUAAUCUCACUUAUCAACAGUCAUGGGAGUUCUUGCUGUGGAUGGAUACAGCAAAUUAUGCGGGUCCAUUGGCUAAAAUUCCAAGAGAACUGCAAGCAACCGAUAUCACACAGAACAGUGAAACCAUAAAUCAAACAAGCGAUGAUAACGACGAAGUGAAAAUCGAAAUGAAUUGGAAUAUUGCUGAGCAAUUGCCUGGGGAUGAGAAUUGUCGUGCUGAAUUCGAGGCAUUAUUGAAACUCUUAAUGGAUGCUCUGGUUCUCAAUAACAAUUCGGUCAAGGAUGGAAUCGAGGCCAUCACUAUGUAUGCUUAUGAAAUUGUUCAACGCUUACAUAAGGGCCAUCCGCCGGGAAAAGUCAGUCCGGCGACACAUUUCUCAAAUGCUCUCAUCGAAGUUCUAAGCAAUAUGAAGGAUGUGGAUUCUGAGGUUCAAACCCUUCGUCGAAAUAUGCUGCGAUUGAUUGGGCUCGGUGAAUUCAGCGACUUGGCAAAAUGGCAGGAGAAGGUUCAUACGUACGUUCUAAAUGAAGUGAUUUGCAAAGCAUGCAACCAGUGCCGUGAUAUUGAUUUAUGCAAAGACAAAGAUCGAGCUACGGUUAAUGAUAUUCCCGUUUGGCUCUGUUCACAUUGCUACGUUUACUAUGAAAACGAAGAAAUUGAAAUUCGUCUCUUGGAUGUAAUGCACCGUAAAAUCAUGUCGUACACAUUGCAAGAUCUUCGGUGCACACGUUGCAAGCAAAUCAAACAAGAGAAUAUGGCUGAAUUGUGCUCGUGUGCCGGAUCAUUUGAAACACUGAUUCCAGCCAAGAAACUGCGUCAAUUACUGCAAACAUUCUUGGAAGUGGCCGACACGCAUAAAAUGGACUUGCUCAAAGAAGAAGUUCACGUAUUUCUCACUAACUCCAUUUAAUCCAAAACAUUUCAUAAAUUAUUUCAUAUGCUAUAUUAAUAAGGUAAAAAAUAAAUAAAAACUAAAUAUAUACGACAA